GCAACCCAACUAAUAGAAAGUGGUUGGCUUGCAGCUGUUGUGCUGUAGCCAUGCGUAUACGUGUAAUAUCUGUGUUAAGCACAAGAGGAAAGCAUUUUUGAUGUAACAUGGUUACUUAGUGCUUUAGAUGCUAGAGGCAGCACAACGACAACCAAUAUUACCAUGAUGAUCUCUUUGAAACUGUACAAAACAAUUUUAUUGAUUUUGGCCUUAACAUGUGUCAGCAUCAUUCACGUCUGUAAAGCAAGACCGAUAGAAAAAUCCCCGAGACUUAUUCUUAUUUCUGUGGAUGGAUUUCGCUUUGAUUAUUUACAAAAGGUCAGCAGAGAGAAGAUUCCUAAUUUUCUAUAUUUUGUUGACCAUGGCUCAACCGUGAAAUAUGUCAGAAAUGUUUUUCCAUCUUUAACAUAUCCCAAUCACAUGUCCAUCAUCAGCGGUCUGUAUCCAGAAAGUCAUGGAGUAGUUCAUAAUGUGUUUAAAGACGAAUUUCUGAACGAUACAUUCCACUACAACUACUUCUUCCAAAACUUUGACUCCCGCUGGUUUGACUCUGGCAAAGAUGUAAUUUACGUAACAAACAAAAAAGGUCACGGGACAAGAGAUACCGGCUCAGCACUAUGGCCGGGAGGAUUGACAACAGUUAAAGGAGUCCAACCUAGGACAAUAGGAAGAGCAUUUUCUGGAAACUUGUCACUGCCAUACAAUCAAAGAGUAGACUACGUAAUAAACUGGCUAACAGAUAAAAAAAGACCAUUGAAUCUGGGUUUACUGUAUUUUGAUGAACCAGAUGAAUCUGGACAUAAAUUUGGACCAGACAGUCCAGAGAUCAUAGAAGCUAUUCAGAAAGUUGAUGCUGCAUUGGGAUAUUUAAUUAAGAGACUAAAUGAGAGUAAUUUAUUAAGGAGCACAGACAUUAUUAUGACAGCAGAUCAUGGGAUGAUUUCUGCUAACAAAGGAUUAGUAAAUAUUGAUACCUGUAUUGACAGCAAGUGGUAUACCUCAAAUCACGAUCAUGAGACGGUGUUAUUCAUAUAUCCUCAGAAAGAGUUUGAGGGGAAAAUUCUAGAUGGACUUAUGAGUUGCAGCAGUAAUAUGUAUGUCUACACAAAAGAUAGUGAACAUUUAAAAAACAUGCAUCUUCAAAAGAAUUCCAGAAUUCCACCAAUUGUUUUGGAGGCCAAGGCUGGAUACGUGAUAGUUACUAAUAAAACCCGCAAAGACUACAACCCAAAAGGCGCACAUGGAUAUGAUCCUGAGAAAGUGCAGGAGAUGCGACCAUUUUUUGUGGCAUCAGGACCAUCAUUCAAGUCAAACUUUACGCAUAUCCAUCCUAUUGAUAUUGUGGAUAUCUAUCCCUUGAUGUGUGAAAUACUGAAGGUGGAACCAGCACUAAACAACGGAACAUUGAGAGAAGUUAAGCAACUUCUGAUCACACCACCAGCAGGAAAAUUCUCACUCAGUCAUCUUAAAGAAAAACUCUUUGAAACGACUGGGAUAACAUUUUUUGUAAUAAUUGCACUGUCCUCAUUGGUGGGUGGUUUUUACUGCUUGGGAGCAGUUCGUCAGAGUAGAAUAACUGCCCGGAAUAGAAGACUGUUUGGUAGAGUGGCCUCCCCCCUCCGAAAUUUCCCAGCUGCCAAAGCACUGCUUCAGUCUGAAGAGGAAGACAGUGAUGAUUUAUGAGAUGAGAUUGAAAAUCAAACGAGAGAAAAACUUCAGAGUAGACUUUGGAAAGUGAUGUGAGGUGUGUUAAUAUCUUAUGUUGGUCAUGCUCUGUGAUGGACUGAAUGACAGAACCUAACAUAAACUGGACAUCAGGACUCUGUACCGCGAAUAACAAUCUCUGAAAUGGGCACUUUUCAAUUUGUAGAAAUUGGGGACCCUUCAAUUCCUGGUUAUUUCACUGAUGUGGUCCAUGUAGUGGUACUAUGACACAAUUAUUAAUUAGUCUGUAAUUACCUGUGGUCAGUGUGGGUAAUUUUUAAUUCUGAGGAUAUAUGGUAGAACAUAAAGGUAAACAGAUUGAUUUUGAACUUUGUUAUCUGCAGUGAUUUUUCAACAUUUUUCAAAAGGGUCCUGUGGCUUUCGAAUUGGAAAAAAUUGUCAAUAUUUUGAUCAAAUUGGGAAAACCUAGACAUUAUUGUAAACAUGCUAAAUAUAUCAUAUCAAACAAGAAAUCAAACACAAAUUGAUGUCAUUCUUCUUUUAUUUUACAUAUUUAACUUUCUUUUCUUUAAGCUCUUAAAUUUUUUACUAUUCUUUCUAAAUCAUGAUGUAAUUAAAAUUGAUGCGUCUUUGUCAUGUUAUACAUAAACUAUUCACCAGUUUUUAUCAUUGGGAAAAGUGCAAGUUAAAUUGGGAAAAAAUUGGUAAUUUUUGGGAGGGGAAAGGGCUGAUAUUCGGACCUAAAAUGGGUCUUAAAAAGUCUCUGACCUGUGACAACAUAAUUGUUGUCUGUAAGUGUGUUGGGUUAGAAUUACACUGCAGGCAAUUUAUUGGUGGAAACUGUACAGUUUAGAUGUAUUUAGAUCAGACUAUCAGUACAUGGAAUUGUGUUGAUUUGUAUAGACUAUCAGUAUGGUCUAUAAUACUUGUAUCAGGCAAUCAGUAUGGUCUAUAAGUAUUUGUAUUGGGCAAUCAGUAUGGUCUAUACAUAUUUAUAUCAGACUAUCAGUAUAGUCUAUACGUAUUUGUAUCAGACUAUCAGUGUGGUCUAUACGUAUUUGUAUCAGACUAUUAUUACGGUCUAUAAUACUUGUAUCAGGCAAUCAGUAUGGUCUAUAAGUAUUUGUAUCAGACUAUUAGUGUGGUCUAUACGUAUUUGUAUCAGACUAUCAGUGUGGUCUAUACGUAUUUGUAUCAGACUAUUAUUAUGGUCUAUAAUACUUGUAUCAGGCAAUCAGUAUGGUCUAUAAGUAUUUGUAUCAGACUAUUAGUGUGGUCUAUACGUAUUUGUAUCAGACUAUCAGUGUGGUCUAUACGUAUUUGUAUCAGACUAUUAUUAUGGUCUAUAAUACUUGUAUCAGACUAUCAGUGUGGUCUAUGCGUAUUUAUAUCAGACUAUCAGUACAUAUCCUGGUGGUUUUUAAAUAGAUCAAUCAUCAAAUGAAAUAAUCCACAUCAUUAUCAAUCAAACAUCAUUUGCUUUUCUUAUUUAGAUACCGUGCCUAUGUUCACUGUAUAUGGGUUUAUUUUGGUGUUUUAUGUCUGUUUAUUUUAGUGUUUGUAUGUCAACAUAUCGACUUUUGGACCUCAGUAUUUUUACCAAUUGAGUAACUGCUACACUUACUUUUAAAUGUGAUGUGUACUUCGCUUUAGUGAUAUUCAGUUCAUGGCAAUUAAUUAUGAUAUUGUGAUAUAUGUUAUUCAGUUUUGAUGAUACAUGUAUUUGUGAGGCAUGAAUGUUGUAUAAAUCAUGUCAGCAAGACAUCCAGUAAUCAGUUUCAUAGAGGGUUACGGCAUACAUUCCUUCUAAUUACAAAAAGUAUACAUUCUAUCUGAUGAUAAAAAAUAUGCAUUCCACUUUAUUCUGAAAUAUGAAUUAUUAUACAUACAGCAUACUUGCCUCUAAAGUACAGUCAGUUUUUAAUAUUAUAUAUCUAUGUAUAUAUUCCUCUCUGCUGAUCUUUGUGCUAUGACCGAUGAUGAAAUGUUCCUUUUUCUCUUAGGACGCAUUUCUUUUAAAUGGAUUCCAGAAACAGACAUAAGAUCUCUUCAACUCUUUAAUUUUCACUUAUAAGAAACACAGCUACAUGCUACAACCAGGCUCUCAAAUCUGCUAGAUAGUAUUCAGUAGUAUAAAACAAAAAUGCAAACUUCAUCCAUAACUUUGAAUAGAUUUGUUAAUAUUUUUUUCCUUUUUUCUUGUAUUCCUUCUUUUGUUCUUUGCACUGUCAUUUGUAUGAUAUGAUUUAGUGUUCUGUUCUGUAUAUUUCAAUGUAUUAUUCAUAAAUGUAUGUAUUUCUUGUACAUUUGAAUAUAAUUGUAUAAUCCCACAUGAGGGAAAUAAAGGAUAAAUGAUAUAUACAUGUAUUGAAAGUUUUAUAACUAUAAAUGUGUAAUGGACUUCUAUACAUAAGACAUAUGAUGGUAUUGUAUUAAUGUAGUAAGACUAUCAAUUUUAGUUAUAUUAUUAUGGUAUGCAUCUCCACCAUUGAUAGUGUCUAUUUUAUUUAUAUGUGUGUUAAUACUGCACUUUAAUUCAUUCGUGUAGACUUUGUAAUGAAAUAAAUGGUUUGAUUUAC